AUGGCCGUUGGUCGUGAGCCCCGGCUGCAACAGCGCUGGCUCCAAGGAGCCACGCUACUAAACCCUAUAUCAUGCGUCGUCUAUGCGUCGUCUUUCCUGCCGUUAUUUGACUCCGGCGUCCAUGCCGUGCUACCCCCCUCAACAUCGCGUCUGACAUCCGGGUUGCUGAGAUGGGAUGCGUUCCACUUCGCCCACAUUGCCGAGGAAGGGUACGUGUAUGAAUACGAGUGGGCUUUCUUCCCCGGCGCUCCACUUGCGAUGCGAUACGCUGGUGGAGUUAUCGGAUUGUUCACUGGAGGAGAGGGAUGGGCGAAUGCGCUACUCGGAGGGGCGCUGCUUGCUCUGCUGUGCGAUAGCACGGGUGUAUUCUACGACUUGAGUACAGAGGUCUUUGGUUCGAACAAAAUCGCCUAUUUGGCCACCUUGUUAUCGCUCAUGCCAAGCAGUCCCGCGACCCUGCGGUACGCUCCGUACACGGAGCCGUUCUUCUCGUACCUCUCAUAUAAAGGUAUGCUUGCCAGCAUCAGAUCACGCUAUAUUCAAGCCACAGCAUUCUUCAUGCUGGCGAGUACAUUCCGCUCCAACGGCGUCUUUCUAGCAGGUUAUCUCAUCUGGCCGCUGCUCGCCGUGCCUAUUUUGCGACGUGACAAGCCUCGCGGCGCAAGCGUCCUCUACGCGACCUGCCUGGCAGCAUUUAUAUUUACCCCUUUCAUUUCCCACCAAUAUUUUGCCUAUCGUCUAUUCUGUCCGUCGGAAUCUCCGCCAUCAUGGUGCUCUACGUUCCCGCCGUCCAUCUACACAUACGUCCAGUCCACCUACUGGGACGUCGGUUUCCUGCGGUACUGGCAGGUAGCUCAGAUACCGAACUUCCUUAUGGCAGCCCCCGUCUACGCCUUGUUGCUCUUCUUCUGCUGGUAUCACUUAUCUCAUCGUAUUCCUGAGAUGGCCAAGGCACUCCUUGCGGGAAGUGAGGUCCCAGCGGUGGACGGGCGACUGGACCCGUUCCUUUCCCCGAAAUUGACGCCAUUCGUGAUUCACGCACUGGUCUUGACAACAACGCUUCUUGUCUCGUCGCAUGUGCAGAUUAUGCUGCGACUGGCCCCGUCUAUGCCGGUUGUCUACUGGGCGGCCGCGUCGUUGUUGCAUCGCUUGGAAUCCAAUGCCGCUAGUCGUCGGAUGUGCUGGGGUAAGGCGUGGGUCUGGUGGAGUGUAACGUGGGGUACGGUUAGUGUUGUGCUUUGGACCACAGGAUUACCGCCUGCUUGAUUACCGUUGGAGGUGAUGCCGCGCG